AUGCUCAGGCUUUUAAAGGACCACGGAUUGAAUUCGAGAGGGGAGGAGAUUAAUCUGGCCAGAGGCGCAGGCUCGGGGAUUGAUGCCGGGGCUGAUGGAGCAGGUUCGGGGGAAGAGGGUCCUGCUGGUGGUGGUGCUCGAGGCGGGGACUCAGGCUCGGGGCGUGUUCCUUGGAACGAGGUUCCGUUUGAUAUCCGGAUUCGGUACGAGAUUUCUGUGGUCAAACGCGCAUGGCCGAACCUAGACAAUAGGGUGAUUGCUGCAGCGAUUACAGUUAAGUACGGAAACGGAACAGGGAUAAACUUUCGAUCGCUUGACAGAAUAAGUACGUUUUAUGACAAGUGGUUCGGGAUUGUUACUGCAGCGGUGCCAGAUCCGAACCUGUUACGAAUGGAGGAGGCAUUGGCUGAGUGGGUGAUUAAAGAGGAGGAGCGGGAGAAGAGGGAGGUGACUCGAGAGGAGAUUAUAGUGAAGGCGAAGGAGAUAGGUCCGGGGUAUAAUGUGCGGCCGGGUUUCAGGUAUGGCAGGUCGUGGGCGACGCGGUUUAUGAAGAGGUUUGGGCUGCUGCUGCUGUCGGAGACUAGUAACGAGGAUGUUGAUAACGAGGAUGAGGGAGGCGGGGGAGGAAAGGGAGGAACAGGAGGGAAUGGGAUGGAGAAAGGAGACGAAGAGGAGGGAGAGGUGGAGGGAUGGGAUGGUGGGUUGAUUAGUUUUGUAAACAUGCAGAUUCGGACUGCUGAACGCGCUGCCUGGCAGGUCUUGCAUAAGUCGGCAGGGGGUACAGCAGCGGGACGCUCAAUAUCGAAUACAGGGGUAGGAAGGGAAGGAGAUGAAGGAGGUGAAGGAGUAGGAGCGGGCGAUGUGAGUAUCCCAGAACCUGAUCGUGGAAACGUAGGAGAAGGGGAUUAUUCAAGGGUAAAUAACCCUUGGUCUGCGGAUGCCUUGACUGAGUUACUAGAAGAAGAGGAGGGGGUGGACUUAGUUUACAGAACAGGGUCUGGGAGGGAUGGAGGGGCGUUGCACACAGAUGGGUAUGGAGAUGGGGAGAGCACAGGAGGGGGCUUGGGAGUAGAGGAGCGGACGACUGAUGGUGAUGCUGAUGGUGAUUCUGAUGCUGAUGCUGAUGCUGAUGCUGAUGAUAAUGAUGAUGAUGAUGUCAUUCCCGGUGCUGGUAGUGCUGAGGAUGUUCAUGCUGCUACAGCUGCAGCAGGAAUGAGGAAUAGAGGAAGCAAGCAGGUUAGGUGGGAGGACGAUGCUGGUGACGAUGGUGAUGGUGCUGGUGAUGGUGAUGAUGGCGUGAAGAAGCGAAGGCUUAGACAACUCACAUCCGGUACAGAGGCAGUUGCUGUAGACACGGGUGCAGCCACCCCAGCCAUGGAUGCGGCCCCACCAGCCACGGGUGCAGCCCCCAGCGCACCCACCGGCGUCUCUUCCCCCGUGCCCGUUGUCAUUGGCCUUGCCGCUCCCACUGGUCCCAAUGCCCCCGCUGCCUGCCACACAACCCUCCUCCACCUCCCCUCCCAAUCCCCACCAGCCACGGGUGCAGCCCUCAGCACACCCACCGGCGUCUCUUCCCGCGUGCCCAUUGUCAUUGGCCUUGCCGCUUCCACUGGUCCCAAUACCCCCGCCGUCCCCCACACCACCACCCUCCUCCACCUCCCCUCCCAAGCCGCCCCGGCUUCCCGAGCCACAGACAAUUUGCACUCCUUUCAGGGCGGCCUAGCCGCCCAAGCCACCCGAGCCGCCCAAGCCCAAGCCGCCCAAGCCGCUCAGACCACGCCUCCCCCACAUCCCUCCAAAACGCCGCCCAAGGACGGGAAGAAUCGCCGCCACACCGUGCUGCGGCCGGGGCAAAGACGAGCCAUCUGCCUCGUGCAACGGGCCCUGCCGAACCUGCGCCAAGCCUACCUCGCCAGAGCUGCGCUGCCGGCUUGGGGCGUGCAGCUGUACAGCGCAACAGUAUCGUGCGAUGUGAGGGAGAGGUGGUGGUGGAUGACUAUCCCCCGGGGGAAAGAGCAGGAGAUGAGCAGAAAGCCAGGGAGAUUGUGGAAGAACAUGGGGAAGAAGAAGAAAAAGAAGAGGAGGAAGAAGAAGAAACGGGUGGUUGGAGCGGGGGUGGGGCGGUGGGCGAGACUGGAAGAGGCGAUGGGGCGGUGGUUUGAGGAGAUGGGGGCGGAGGAGCUAGUCUGCCGGGGGAGGAUUAGAGAGAGGAGGCUGGUGCUGGAGGAGCAGGGGGAGGAUGGGGGGAAGGAUGGGGGGAGGGAUGGGGGGAGGGAUGGGGGGAGGGAUGGGGGGAGGGAUGGGGGGAAGGAUGGGGCACCUCAGAAGGGCACCUUUCCAGUUUUUCUGACACUGGAAAUGGUUUCGGACAUGGGGAGGAAGCUUGGGCCUGCUUUAGGCGUUUCGAGUGACUUUAGGUACGGAACUGGGUGGGCAGAAGCGGUGCUGGCGCGAUAUAGGGUGAAGAAGACCGGGGUGGUUGGGGGAAUUGAGGGAGCAGGGGGAGAGGGGGCAGGGGGAGAGGGGGCAGGGGGAGAGGGGGCAGGGGAAGGGGGACUGAGGUGGGAGAAGGGAGAGGGAGGGGAGGGGGAGCGGGGGGAGGGGAAUGAGGAGGCGGAGGAGGAGGAAGAAUCAGAUGGGGAGGAUGAUGAUGGAAGUGAUGAGGAAGAGGGAGAGGAGGAAGAGGGGUGCGAGCAGGAGGGAAACGAUGAGGGGGGGAACGAGGGGGAAUGCUGGGAUCCGGAUGUGUUACAGAGGCGUUUCGAGGAGUCCCAACGCUCUGCCUCAUACAGCAGUCGAGAAGAGGACCCGUAUGCUCUAGAUAAUGGGUUUGUCAGGAGGAGCCCGUCCUCCCUCGCUUCGCCUCUCAUGCAAUGCAUGCCCCUCUCAGCAGUGCCCCUGCAGGUGCAGCAGCAGCAGAGGUACGCGCAGCAGCAGAAAGAGAAGCAGCAGCAGCAGCAGCAGCAGCAGCCAGUCAAGGGGCAGGAAGAACCUUCUUCUCCCACCUCUACCCCACCCACCCAAUUUGUCGUCCUUGCCCUUCCUGCCGCAAACGCCCCUCCUACCCCCGUCCACCACUCCUCACCCACCUCGAACCCCUCUCAACCCAGCGAAACCACCCCAUCCCCCAAUGUGCGCAAACGGAUACACGGCCCCCCUCUGCCCGUGCAGCUCCGCCGCUCUUUCCAAAUGACCACAAGCCAAAAGCGGGCGCUUUGCCUCGUCAUACACUCCGUCCCGAACCUCUCCAGCUUGUUCCUUGCCAAGGCUCUGCUCCAGGCUUGGGGGACGCCCGUGUUUGAGUCCAUGGUGCGGAAAAUCAGGAAUCAUAGUGACUGGUGGAUGAAUAUUCCGAAAGGGAAGGAGGAGGACUUCAAGGUGAGAGGGAAGCGGUGGGAUUGGAAGAAGAGGAAGUAUUAUGCGGUGGAGGGCGGUGUGGAUGGGCGGGUGCAGUGUGUGAGGCUGGAAAAGGCGUUGCUUAAGUGGAUUGAGGCGAUAGGGGCGGGGGAGUUGGUGAGGAGGAGGGGGAUAAAGGAGGGUACGUUUGUGAUGGAAGGGGGAGAGGGGGGUGGGGAAGAGGAGGAAGGGAGGGGGGGAGAGGGAGGAGGAGGAGGAGGAAUAGGAGGAGGAGAAGAAGGAGAGGGAGAAGAGAGAGGAAAUGCACAGGGUGAGAGACCAGUGAGUUUACCAGUUAAGGUUGUGAAAGAUGGGGCAGUAAAGAGGGUGGUGGCGGAGGAUAAAUUGAAAUUUCCUGGGCGUUUAACAGUGGAGAUGCUUUGGGAUAAGGCAAAGGAGAUAGGCCCAACCAUAGAUGCCCCCUCUGACUUUGAAUACACAGAGGAAUGGGUGCUGGGGGUUCUAGAGCGGUAUAAGUCAAAGGCAGGGGGAGUGGGGACUGAGGGUGAUGGUGCAGGGGCCGAGCAGGAGAAGGGACAAGGGAGGAAUCAGCAGAGAGGGAGGAAUGCGCCCAACAAACCUCUUAACGAUCAGCCAUCAGCACCUAAACCCUCAUACGACCGGCAAUCAGACCCGUACGAUUUGGAGAAGUGGGCAGAUGAUAUCCAUGUGAAAUCGCUUAUGCAGUCACUCUACGGGCCGAAAUGGCUCCGUAAGUAUGCGUACCUGCGCUCUGUCAGGGUUGCUUCUGCUGCUGCUGUUGCUGCUUCUGCUGCUGCUGCUGGUGCUGGUGCUGCUGCUGCUGCUGCUGCUGCUGCUGGUGCUGCUGCUGCUGGUGGUGCUGCUGCUGGUGCUGGUGGUGGUGGUGCCGCUAGUGUUCGUCGUGGUGACGCGUACCCCGAACACACUGAACGGCCGCCGGCCAGGCUUGUGCGCACUGCUGGUGGUACUGCUGCUGCAGGCAAUGCUGCUCCGCUGCUGCCAACACCCUGGGCCAGUAAAGCCAAACUCCGGGCGUUUCUGGAGCAGGAGGAGUUUCAGAAGCAGCAGAGGUUUCAGGGGCAGCAGAAGUCUCAGGGGCAGCAGAAUUUUCAGGGGCAGCAGAAGUUUCAGGGGCAGCAGAAGUUUCAUGGGCAGCACGCCCCAUGGGGCAGCGAGGAUGAUUCCUGGGCAGAAGAGCUCCGAGACAACCGCCCUGACUCUUCUGACUCAUUUCACUCAGUUCACUCUGUUGACUCUCAGGAUGCACUUGAAGCUCUUGACUCAUGUGACUUCCCUUCUUUGCCGCCUCAAAGCGCGCCUCCUCCUCCUCCUCAGCAUGUGUCUACGCAGCGCCAACGAGGGGCGUGGAGCAGGGAUGGGUCCUGGGCUGGUGCCUUUAACGCCGUAGCACAGCAGAGGCAGGGGUUUUCGGGCAGGGAUGGUUUAUGGGAAGGUGCCCUUCAUGUACCUCAUGCUGCUGGCUUCUCUGCUUCUCAUGCCGCUGGCGUCUCUGCUUCUCGUGCCACUGGCGUCUCUGCUUCUCAUGCCGCUGGCGUCUCUGCUUCUCGUGCCACUGGCGUCUCUGCUUCUCAUGCCGCUGGCGUCUCUGCUUCUCGUGCCACUGGCGUCUCUGCUUCUCAUGCCGCUGGCGUCUCUGCUUCUCGUGCCACUGGCGUCUCUGCUUCUCGUGCCACUGGUAACCUUAGGCUUCGCCUUCCCCCUGAUUUCCCUGGCUCCCGUGCUGCUGACCCUCUUAACCUCCGUGCUCCUGGCUUCCCUGCCACUCGUGCCGCUGACCCUCUUGCUCCUCGUGCUGCUGGCUUCUCUGGUUCUCAUGUCGCUGGUAAUCUUAGGGCCUGUGCUGCUGACUUCCCUGGCUCCCGUGCUGCUGACCCUCUUAACCCCCGUGCUCCUGGCUUCCUUGGCACACGUACUGCCUCUGACUCUCUUGCUCCUCGUGCUCCUGUCAUGGGUUCGGAGGAGUGGCAGCAGUCGCUGCAGAGUCAGCACAGGCAGCAGAGGGGAUUAGGGGUGGGGGGGUCCUGGGCAGGCCCUCCAGGUCCUGGCCUCUCUCGUCCUAUACCCACGUCUGGAAACGCAUUCACUGUCCCGCCACCUCUUGGUACCGGUCUCAACCGUUCUCCACACACGCCUGGACACACUUUCUCUGGUCCCGAAGCAGCUGGAUUCACUCCCAAUUCGGCCCCUCCAGGCUCCACCACCCGUGCUAAGCGCUUGCCCAAGUGUGUGGUGAGACAGGAUCAGAGAGGAGGAGGUGGUGGUGGUGAGUGGUUGGGAGGGGUGCCUGGCGGUAGUGCUUCUUUUCCUUACUCCUCUCGGAAUGCGUCUGCGUAUGAGCAGGGAGAGAGGGCAUUUGGUGGCAGUGAGUGGGGGGAAGGAGCGGGAGGAGGGGGAGGAGCAGUGGGAUGGGGAGGAGGGGGGGGAGGAAGAGAGGGAGGAGGGGAAGAUGCAGGACCAGACUAUGGGGUUAGAGGAUUUGUUGAUGACGAAAGGCAGGGAAAGAAGAGAAGGGUGGAAGCGGAGGAGGGAGCGAGAAGGGUGGGGAGGAAGGAGAGAGUGAGAGGGGAGAAAGAGCGAGAGGAGCAAGUGCAAAAGAAGGGAGGAAAGGUGAGAGAGGGGAGGGCACGAGAGAAGGAGAUGGGGAGAGAGAAGGUGAGAAGGAGGUCAGAUGGGGGACAAAGUUUUGAAGCGCCGCGGUCGAAAGAAGCGCUUCAAAAGAAGGGGAAGAGUGGGUCGAAGACAGGUAUUGAUCCGGCUGGUGUGCAGGCUGAAAAGAAGCCUAAAAAACGAAACGCUUCAUUUCAUACUGCGUGGGCUAUGCUGGUUGGUGGGGGCGCUGGAGGGGAGACUCAGAAGAACGCUGAGGGUGGAGUUGAGACACCUGGAAACACCAUGCAGGCUGGUGGGGAUGCAGGAGGGGAGACGGAUGGUCUGGGGCGAGAAACAGGGGGACAGGCUGGAGGGGAUGGGGGCGAGACGGGCGGCAGUGACAGGGAGCGGGGCGGCGGUGACGAGGAUAGGGGCGGCGGUACCAGGGAGAAGGGUGGCAGUGACGGGGAGAGGGGCAGCAGUGACGGCGAGAGGGGCGGCAGUGACGGGGAGAGGGGUGGCGGUGACCCAGUCUUGAUGACUCACAAUGGCAGGGAAAAUGGUGGAAAUGGUGGAGAUGAAGGGGAGAGGAGUGGUGGGGAAGGGGAGAGGAGUGGAGAUGAAGGGGAGAGGAGUGGUAGGGAAGGGGAGAGGAGUGGAGAUGAAGGUGAGAGGAGUGGUGGGGAAGGGGAGAGGAGUGGAGAUGAAGGGGAGAGGAGUGGUGGGGAAGGGGAGAGGAGUGGAGAUGAAGGGGAGAGGAGUGGUGGGGAAGGGGGGAGGAGUGGUGGGGAAGGGGAGAGGAGUGGUGGGGAAGGGGGGAGGAGUGGUGGGAAAGGGGAGAGGAGUGGUGGGGAAGGGGAGAGGAGUGGUGGGGAAGGGGAGAGGAGUGGUGGGGAAGGGGAGAGGAGUGGUGGUGAAGGGGAGGGGAGUGGUGCGGAAGGGGAGAGGAGUGGUGGGGAAGGGGAGAGGAGUGGUGGGGAAGUGGAGAGGAGUGGUGGGGAAGGGGAGAAGGAUGGCAGGCGAGGGGAAAAUGAUAGCAGGGAAGGGUAUAGAGAUGGAACUAGGGGGGUAAAGAACGGGAAUAGGAAUGGGGAAGAGCGGGGUGGUAAGAGGCGAAAGGCGGAGGUGAUUGAGGUAUCGGUGAAGGAAGAGGAAAUGAGUGGCAGUAGUGAGAGUAGGAGUGAGAGUGAGAGUGAGGAGGAAUCUAGAGAUAAGGUGAGGAGAAUGAGAGGCAAGAAGAGGAAAGGAAAGAAGGGCGAGAGUGAGAGUGAGGAGGAAUCUAGAGAUAAGGUGAGGAGAAUGAGAGGCAAGAAGAGGAAAGGAAAGAAGGGCGAGAGUGAGAGUGAGAGGGAUUCAGAUGAUGAGGAGUUGAGAAGAGGGAGGAGAAGUGGGAGGAGACGAGGGAGGAGAAGAGGGAAGAGGAAAGGUGGCAAGGUUGCGGAUGAGAGUGAGAGUGGGAGUGAGGAGGAUUCAGAUGACGUAGUGGAGGUAAAGAGAGGAGGGAGAGGAGGAAGGAGGAAGGGUGGGAAGUGCGAGACAAAGAGGGGGGAGAAGUGGGAGCAGGAAAGGCACGAAGGGGAGGAAGAGGGAUGGGAGGAGCGGAGGGAAGAAGAGGUGGAGAGAGCAGGAGAGGGGGAGAGAAGAUAG